UCAGCUUUGGCUGCUUGGAGGUUGCAUCUCCCCCAUGUGGAAGGCUUCUCUAGUGAUGGACCCCUACAUGAUUCACACCAAUGGCGAUGGCAACCUCUCCCCGGUUCUGGAUGUGCACGUCAAUAUCAAUGGGAAAAGCUCUGGACUGGGAAAAAUGAAAGGCAGGAAGGCCAGGUGGUCUGUGAAGCCCUCUGACAUGUCUGACAAAACUUUUAAUCCCAUCCGGGCCAUUGUGGACAGCAUGAAGGUGAAGCCUAAUCCAAACAAAGCCAUGAUUUCUCUGUCCAUUGGAGACCCAACUGUGUUUGGAAACCUACCUACCGAUCCUGAAGUUACACAAGCAAUGAAAGAUGCCCUGGACUCUGGGAAAUACAAUGGUUAUGCCCCAUCCAUAGGAUACCUGUCUAGCCGGGAGGAGGUUGCUUCUUAUUUCCACUGUCCUGAGGCACCAUUGGAAGCUAAGGAUGUCAUUCUGACAAGUGGCUGCAGUCAGGCUAUUGAACUUUGUUUAGCUGUGUUGGCCAAUCCAGGACAAAACAUCCUCAUUCCAAGACCCGGUUUUUCUCUCUACAAGACUUUGGCUGAAUCUAUGGGAAUUGAGGUCAAACUAUAUAAUCUAUUGCCAGAGAAGUCUUGGGAAAUUGACCUGAAACAACUGGAAUCUCUGAUUGAUGAAAAGACAGCUUGUGUCAUUGUUAACAACCCGUCAAAUCCCUGUGGGUCAGUGUUCAGUAAGAGUCAUCUUCAGAAGAUUCUGGCAGUGGCCGCAAGGCAGUGUGUCCCCAUCCUUGCUGAUGAGAUCUAUGGAGACAUGGUGUUUUCAGAUUGCAAAUAUGAGCCAUUGGCCACCCUCAGCACCAAUGUCCCCAUCCUGUCCUGUGGAGGGCUGGCUAAGCGCUGGCUGGUUCCUGGCUGGAGGCUGGGCUGGAUCCUUAUCCAUGACAGAAGAGACAUUUUUGGCAAUGAGAUUCGAGAUGGGCUGGUGAAGCUGAGUCAGCGGAUCUUGGGACCCUGUACCAUUGUCCAGGGAGCUCUGAAAAGCAUCCUGCGCCGUACCCCUCAAGAGUUCUACCACAACACACUAAGCUUCCUCAAGUCCAAUGCUGAUCUUUGCUAUGGGGCAUUGGCUGCCAUCCCUGGGCUUCAGCCGGUCCGCCCUUCUGGGGCCAUGUAUCUCAUGGUUGGAAUUGAGAUGGAACACUUCCCAGAAUUUGAAAACGAUGUGGAGUUCACAGAGCGGUUAGUUGCUGAACAGUCUGUCCACUGCCUCCCAGCAACGUGCUUCGAGUACCCGAAUUUCUUCCGGGUGGUAAUUACUGUCCCUGAGGUGAUGAUGCUGGAGGCUUGUAGCCGGAUCCAGGAGUUCUGUGAACAGCACUAUCAUUGUACUGAAGGGAGCCAGGAGGAGUGUGACAAAUAGAUCCUCCUCUAUUCUCCUGAAGAUGUGUCCCUUCUGAGGAGGGUUGGACUGGGCUCUGCUGCUCCUCAGUGAGUCAGACACCCCCACAGGGAGAGGAGCCUCAAAAGCACCAUGUCAGGGAUUCAGGAUUGUUCCUACUUUCCCCCGUUCACAUCCACAUGCACACUCUGAACCCCAGAUUCUCCUCUCGCUCUGCUUGGCUGGAGUGACUCACUAGUUAUUUAAUUUGUCCCCCUCUCAUGUGGCUUCCUCCUUUUUUUCCUGAGAAUACCAGGUGAACAAAGUUUACCAGAAAGCAGUUAAGCCUAUAAAAGUAAGAUUUCAAGAUGGGAGAAACAAAAGACUGUGAGAACAGGUGCCCCCAACUAUUUCCUUAUGGUCUAAGUAAGGACACUGUCCAGACAGGUCUGACGCCCAACUCUGUUACUGCCUCAUUUCAGGUAUACCUCACUUUUGCCACA